AUGAAUGGCAAAGACAGUAAGCGAGCCUCACUUGAGGUACAAACACAAAGAUCCUCUACCCUUACUGUAGAAACAACAGAGUUGCGUCGUCGAUAUAGUGGUGAGAGUUUCCAAGAAAACAGGCCGAAACAAAUUGUUGAAGUACAGUUUGUAACUGGAGAUUCUGAUGGGAAAAAAUCUCCAACAGCAAGCAUGAUUAUUAGGAAUUCGGGGUCCAAAGAUUUAAAUUCAAGCCAGGAGUCAUUAUCGUCACCAGGACCUCAGCAGGUGUCACCCGUUAGCAGCUGCACAGAUCUCAAAAACAGUGAUGAUGAAUCAAAAGAAGUACCCUCAUUGCAUAAUUCAGCCAGUGGGAGCCUAAAUAACUCUCCUGACAAAGCCAGCAGUUCCUUUGAAAUUCCUGUCAGCCAUGAUAGUGUGUCUAAUGGAGGGGAGCUGAGCUUCAUUCAAUUUGCUGUUAACAGCGGGUCUGGAUCUGAUGAGAAGAGGCCAAGUUCAGCACAGGAUAAUUAUGAAAUGGGCUUGAAUUCUCAAGGUUUGAGGGAACGUUCGUUUGAACGGUCUCUGGACAACAUUUUAGAUAAAUACUCAGAAAAAUCCUUGGAUCUGAACUUGUCUGUGGAUUCAUGGAACUCUUCAAUACAGGAGGGAGGAAAAUCCCCUGACCAGCAGUCAGGGAGCAGUGGUCUCAAGGCUUCCAAAUCCGAGAAGAAGAAAAAUCGAUGGUACAAUAUUAUGUCUACAACAUACAAGUCUAGAAGUGAGGAUUUCCGCCGGAUGUUUAAGGACGUUCCCAAAGAUGAAAGACUUAUCGUUGAUUAUUCAUGUGCGCUACAGAAAGAUAUUUUAGUUCAAGGCCGUAUGUACAUCUCCCAGAAUUGGAUAUGUUUCUAUGCCAAAAUCUUCAACUGGGAGACAGUGCUGAUGAUAUCAUGCAAGGAGAUUACAGCUAUUACCAAAGAGAAAACAGCCAGGGUAAUCCCUAAUGCCAUCCAAAUCACAACUGAAAAGGAGCGCUACUUUUUCACAUCCUUUGGAACCAGAGACAAAACCUACAUGAUGCUUUUCCGAAUAUGGCAGAACGCAUUGCUGGAGCAGCCAAUGUCAGUGAAAGAAUUGUGGUCGUGGGUACACUACAGCUAUGGCGAAGACCUGGGACUUACCUCUGAGGAUGAUGAUUAUGUUACUCCUCAGUGUUUGGAGGAUUUGUCAGAGAAACUAAAGGAUGAUAUGCCCUUAGAUAAAGAUGAUGGAUCGGACUCAGAGGUAGCAACUACUACUGCGGAAAAUCAGGCUGCAAGCAGUGAAGAUACUGAUGCUUUCAUCUCAGAUGAGGUCUUCAACUCAUCCUCUUGUGCACCACCUAACCACCUGACUAACAUGAAGAAAAGCUCACCAAUGUUGUUCCAGAACUUCCUUGAUUCAAGCGAUGAUAGUGGAGGAGAAUAUAUCUGUGAAAGUCAAGACCAUCUAGAAAAAUUAUAUUUAGAUGAAGUAUUUAACAUCAACAUAGACACUGUGUUUGAGUAUCUGUUCACCGACUCACAAUUCUUUCGUAAUUUUGUUGGAUCCCGAAAAACCUUUGAUCUGAAUUUACCCAACUGGGAAGAAGAGCCAGAUGAGAAUGGACAUAAAGUUAGAAACAUAUCAUAUACUCUUACGCUGAAUAAUUCCAUUGGACCCAAGACAUCUCCAUCUACAGAAAAACAGAUAUGUUAUAAAAUGUCUCGCCCCGGCCGUAUUUACCAUGUUGAUUGUGAAUGCUGCAAUGGAGGAAUUCCCUACUCGGACUCCUUCUACAUGUUACUGAGGUACUGCUUGACUAGGGCGUCUCCAUCCAAGUGCCAUGUGGUUGUCACUGGAGAACUAAAGUACAAGAAACAUAUCAUCAUGGUUUUUAAAAGUAUGAUUGAGAAGAGUGCAGUUAAUGGUCUCACUGAUUACUUCAGACAAUUGUCCGUCCAUCUCCGGCAUGAGUCUCAGCUGAAAGAAGCUCUUGCAUGUCACCAGAUGAGUGUCCCAAAGAAGAAAGUUCGCAGAAAAAGGGCUAGAGCUCAUGCUAGUGCUGCAGACAGUGGAGCAACCUCUCGACAGCCGUAUGCGGAGAGGCAAGCUUCAGCGCCACCAUCACCUUCGAAAGCCUUGUACAGAGAAGAUAAACUGAUAGAAAUUAAUGCUCAUACUCUGGUCAGAAUCAUCUUAGUCAUACUUGUACUGCUUCUGCUGUUUAAUGCUGUGCUGUUCUACAAACUGUGGUCACUAGAAAGUUAUGCAAGUUCAUUAUUUGGAUCACCUUCGCAAGACUCCUUAGACAAUCUAGCGAAAUAUCCUCGCACACAGGAAGAGUGGAGCCAGUUGUUACAGCAGCAGCAGAACUUAUACGAGAGUGAAAUCACCAGAUGGGAAGAAGUUUUAACAACAUCUAUAGACAUUGUGGAACAGAUGAAGAUGUCUCUGUUAAGACUGCAGAAAUCUGUGAAAUCAAGCGCACAAAGCCACAGGGAAUCCUGA